ACAUCCACGUCAGCACACACGGACCAUGAACGCAGACCUCAAGAGGGUCCGCGAGAACACCCUCGACGACAGCCCCGCCCCGUCAGCAAAAAGGAGGCUCAACAGCCAUGCCCCCUCGCCCGUGCCCACGUCGGCAAGCGACGACGACGGUAUGGCAGACUGGAUGAAAAUCGUCGAGGUAGGUCGCACCAGAAUCGGAGCGUGUUCAGGUCUGCCAAAGAUCUGGUCACACGGUUGGGUAAUUCUCAGGCCGGGUGCUCGGCGCAGCUUUGACGACGCGACGCAAGAUCCUUGAAUAAUCACACUCUCAAAUUUGUAAACUUGUCGCUGACUCACCCCUUUUCUCUCUGCUAGAUCAAGCGCAAAGAGGCCAUCUAUCGCCAAAUGCUUGAAUAUCGACGUUCGUCAGAACGCGAGGCUCAACGGGCAAACGACCUCGAAGCCCAAAGACGUGUGCUGGAAGCCAGUUUUCAAGCAGUCGAGGUGUGCUGGACACAGAUCGUUACUGCCGUACGAGAUCUGGCCGGCGCGCAAGAAGUCGAGUUGCAGGAGGAACAAAUGUUGGAGCCAUUACUAGAUCCUUCAUUGCCUCAACCAGAACUGGAAAAAGCGCUUCAAAGUCGAUUACCCACCACUCGUCAACUGAUAGCGCGAUUCAUCGAUCUGGUUGCUCGCAACGCCACCCGUCCUGCUUCAGAAGCCGACCUCCAAGCUCGUUGUCUCAAGCUGGAAGCAGAGGCUAGCACCCUUCGAGGCAACUCUACGCUCUUGCAUUCUCAAAUUUCAAACCUGACCGAGUCGCGCGAUGGUGUUCAAAAAGACCUCGCACGCACCCGGAAAGCCCUUGAUCGAGAACGUAUGGAACACGAGAAGGCUCAUGAAGAAUGGAAGGAAGAGCGGUCACAAGUCGGUCGAAACACACCUGGUUUACGGACGAAUGGCAGUGGUCACGCGACACCGAAUGGUCAUAUCGACAUGGACGAAAAGGUUUUCAACGGUGCUGGACCUUCGGCUUCUGGGGCGUUGCAAGAUACGUCAGAGCUGGAGCAUCUGGCAGAUUCACGGUUGAAACAGUUGGACCAGCUGCGAGCCGAGCAGGCUGCGUUGCAGCAAGAAGUUGACCGGUUAAAAAUCCUUGCUACCCAUCCGUCAGAAUCAGCCGUCCGCGAAUCACCAUUCUUUCAAGUUUACCUCAAUCAACUCUCCACCCAACUCAGCAGAGCCAACGCUCUUCAAGAGCGAUUUUCAGCAACUGAAGCCAAACUCGACCAGCUGCGUGACGCGAAUGGCGACUUUCGAGAGGCCGUGCUCGCCGAAGCUCGAGCUGAAACGGAAGCCUUACGGUCACAGAUGGCCAAAAAGGACGCUGAUCUUGCCCGGCUGAGAGGCCAGCGAGACGAGAUGAAUGCCGAGAUUAUGGAGCGACGGGCCAAAGAGGCUGAAAAGUGCCGGUUUACUGAACAGAUGGAGUUUCUGGCAUCCACGCGCGAAGAACGGAUUGGUUUCCUCACUUCCGAAGUCCGGCGACUCAAGGGCAAGCUUGCCGCUGAGCAUGGGUCGGAGGGGUAUCUAUCUUUCCUGCGCGAUAGCGGUGUCGAUGGCGAUUAUAUCCAAGAUCUCGAAUCCAAAGUCAGCACUUCGCAAGACCAGGUCAACGCCCUCACCUCCCAGCUCGAACGUGUUUCAUCAGAUCACGCUGCUGCCAUCAGCGAGGUUCAAGUACGUGCAGAGCUCGAAGGCGCCAGGCGCGCCUUGGCGCGGUACGAGCGUAUUCUUGGGCCGAAUGUGGAUGCUGUCGAUGAUGUGCAAUAUCUGGCUACAGAGCUCGAGAAGAAGGAGAAGGAGCGGGCAGGGUUGGAGAUGAAACUUGCCCAAGCGGAGGCGGCUACGAAUGCCCUGUAUGAGGAAGUAGAGGGGCUCUCGAAGCUUUGGGAGAGUUUGGAUCAGACAGUGAAGAGUAAGGUGUUGGAGCUGAGGGAUGGGGAGCAGAAGAUCACUCGGUUAGCCACGGAGAAAGCUAAAGCGGACAACAAAUACUUUGCUGCUAUGCGUGCCAAGGAAGCUGUUGACGUCGAAGCCAAGACGGCACAGAGGAGUGUUGAAAAGCAACUGCGGUUGUUGGAGCGGGCCCAGGAAGUCGAGACGAGCUUGAGAUUGCAGAUUUCUACAAACGAAAAGGGCAUGACGUCCCUGAAGAACAGCGCCCUUGACCUCCAAACUCAACUAGCGACCGCCGUUGCCGAACGCACCCAGCUCGAGCUCCGCCUUCAGCAAUCUCAGAGUGCCUACACCGAAGCGCAACAGAUCAUGCAAGCCCGUGUGCAAGAGGCGGCGCAGGAGAAAGAAGCAAAGGCGCGAUUGCAGGACGAAGUUGACGGCCAAGGUCGACAGAUCAAAAAGUUGAAGGAGAGGCAGGAGUCUGUCGCUGCGGCUACCCAGACGGGGAUGUCCAACAACGAAUGGGCCAUCACGCAAGAGCGAGACAAGCUACUGAAAUUGCUCAAGUGUUCUUGCUGCGAGCAGAAUUUCAAGCAACAGGUCAUCGUCAAGUGCAUGCACACUUUCUGCAAGCAAUGUCUGGAGUCACGCAUCGCCUCUCGACAACGCAAGUGCCCCGCUUGUGGUCUUGCCUUUGCCAAGGAAGACAUUCAAACCCUCUAUUGGCAGUAAGCCAGACACCGACGCGGGGUAUGACCAUUGCCUCCCUGCCAGGUCAUCUCAUGUCUGUCGACGAGAAAUCAGCAUCCGUCAGAACAGGCGAGGGAGACGCGAGACGGGAUCCGCAUUGGCCCGUGUGUAUAGAGAAGAAGAAAGAAGUAAAAGAAAGAAGGCAAGAAGUGAAUCAGUUUCCAUACCUUAACGCACCACCAUUCAUGACCUUUUCUGCAAUUGAUGAGCUGGGUCACCAUCGUUUCCGCAAUGGAUCUUUGUAUGUACCAAAUACUUUACGAUUUUCCUCACUCUCGGGCUUCUUUCUUCUCGCCUUCAAUAGUCAGUGGCGAGAACUCCUUUGUAGCAGUAGGUGUGAAGAACAACAUGCAUUGAUAGAUGAGUG